GACAGAAAUGGGCCAGUUUGAAGUUUGAGCAGUCCAUUUGUUGUGAAUCUAUGUACAACAGCAUUUGACUAUCACUGCUCUCUGCACACACUGUGUCUGUGUCUUGUAAUAACACAAAAUCAAUUUAGUAAAUUUUAUAUGAAGAAAGAUUAGAGGGUGGUUUUGAUUGCUUAGUGUUAAGAUGGAUGGAGUAGCCGUUGAUAAACUAAUCGAAAGGCUAAUUGAGGUCCGAUCAUCCAAACCGGGUAAACCCGUUCAGCUCUCAGAGUCCGAAAUCAAACAGCUUUGUGCAACAGCUCGUGAUAUCUUCUUUAAUCAGCCUAAUCUUCUUGAACUUGAAGCUCCCAUCAAGAUUUGCGGGGAUAUUCAUGGGCAGUACAGUGAUUUAUUACGUCUCUUCGAAUAUGGUGGUUUUCCUCCUCAAGCAAAUUAUCUUUUUUUAGGAGACUAUGUCGAUCGUGGAAAGCAGAGUUUGGAAACUAUAUGCCUCUUGCUCGCUUACAAAAUCAAAUAUCCAGAGAACUUUUUCCUUCUCAGGGGAAACCAUGAAUGUGCCUCUAUCAACAGGAUUUAUGGAUUUUAUGAUGAAUGUAAGCGACGAUUUAGUGUGAAACUAUGGAAAGCCUUCACUGACUGUUUUAAUUGUCUUCCGGUGGCGGCUCUAAUAGAUGAUAAGAUAUUGUGCAUGCAUGGGGGCCUUUCCCCUGAUCUUGUGAACUUGGAUCAAAUAAAAAACUUGCCAAGGCCGACUGCUAUACCAGACACGGGCUUGCUAUGUGAUUUACUCUGGUCAGAUCCAAGUAGCGAUGUGAAAGGAUGGGGAAUGAAUGAUCGAGGAGUGUCUUUUACCUUUGGUCCUGAUAAGGUGGCAGAGUUCUUAGCAAAGCAUGACUUGGACCUUGUUUGUCGUGCUCAUCAGGUUGUGGAGGAUGGUUAUGAAUUCUUUGCUGAGAGGCAACUUGUCACCAUAUUUUCUGCCCCAAAUUACUGUGGCGAAUUUGACAAUGCUGGUGCAAUGAUGAGCAUUGAUGGAAAUUUGAUGUGCUCGUUUCAAAUUCUUAAGCCAGCCGUUAAAAAGAACAAGUUCACGAUCUCUACAAAGAUGUAAUAGGUAAAUAAUGUAACCUACUUCCAAUAUUUUUCAAUAUAAGCUCAGGAGUGUUCCGGAUAUAAGAUAUUGUGCUCCAGUUGCCACAGUUACUUGUAUUUGAAGGCUCAUGAAAGACUGAAGUUAAAUUUCUCUCAAAAUUCGUGUCGUGCUGCAACUGUAGUCUAUAACACUAUACAAGAAUGAUGGAUUCGGGAAUCAAAUAAGUAAUUGUGCUGCAAACUUUGAGAAAAUCUUGGUUUAGAUUUUAAACCUUUUCGAAUACUUUAUCCUAUUAUGUAUCGCAAUACUGGUGUAUGCUACUCUGUAUAACUGUGUAUCAAUUCUAUUAUUCUCUUAGGUAGAAAUAAUAGACUAAACUGUCUUUAAUAUGUA